GCCUCGCGCUGCGCUCCCGAGCGCUCCCAAAAAGUUACCAAACACAAUUUCUCGCCGUCUCUCUCGCGCUCUCCUGCAACAAAUAACUGCACGAUGCGGCGAUGGAUUGAAAUAUGACAAUAAAGUUUUUUAAAAUAUUUGAAAAAGAGUAUAUUUACGCUGAUUUUGGAGACUGAUUUGUACACUUUACGACAAUAAGGAUAUGCGAGAGAGUUGGCGGAGGAUCAGAUGCCGUUUGGUGUGAUGAUGGGGGAACCCACGCGGCGCUCUCGGGCCGUCUCCAUGGAAACUGGAGGGUUGCCACUCGUCUCAACUUUUGCCCUACUUACUAUAGUAGCAGGGCAACUUCAGGGGUCAGGGUACAGCGAACAGGAGCCAGAAUUUCUGUCACCAUUGGAGAACUUGACAGUGGCCCAAGGCAGGGAUAUACAUUUCACAUGCACUGUCAACAAUCUAGGAACAUACAAGGUAGCCUGGAUAAAAUCGGACACAAAGACAAUACUGGCGAUUCACACGCACAUGGUGACUCUCAACCAGCGGCUGUCUGUGUCGCACAACGGCCACAACACCUGGAAGCUGUACAUUAACAGCGUGGAGCCCAAGGACUCCGGCACUUACAUGUGCCAGAUCAAUACCGACCCUAUGAUGAGUCAGAUGGGCCACCUCUCAGUGGUGAUUCCGCCGGACAUCGCCGAUGAAGAUGGGUCGCAGGCCAGCGCGCCCGAAGGCGGCUCUGUGGAGCUGAGGUGCACCGCUACUGGAGUCCCAACUCCUACUAUAGCGUGGAGGAGGACAGAGGGCAGGAACAUUGUGUUCCGAGAGGAGAAGGAGAAAAUAGUGGACAACUACGUGGGCUCCAUACUGUCCCUUUCGAACCUGCAGCGGGCGGACAUGGGGACGUAUUUGUGCAUCGCGGCAAAUGGCGUCCCCCCUACCAAGAGUCGGCGCUACGAGGUCUCUGUACUAUUCGAGCCGUCAGUGCGGGUGGACAGUCCAGUGGUGCUGCGCUCCGUGGACAUGCAAGUCACGCUGCAGUGCUACGUGGAGGCCUCGCCCAAGUCGCUGAACACUUGGCAGCGAGGGAAGUCUCAAGCGAGUGGGAAGCUGCUGAACAGCUCCAAGUACAUAAUAUCGGAGCAGAGCUACAACGAGUACGCGCUGCGCAUGAACCUCACCAUCAACCGGCUGAAGAAGAGCGACUUUGGAGAGUACUCCUGCUCCGCCGUCAAUGGAUACGGCCGGGCUGAAGGCGUCGUUAUAUUGAAAGAAACGCCGCAAAGGACUACGACGACCACCACGACCACGACCACCACCACGACGACCACCCCGCGACCGACCACCACCGUCGCUGCGACCACGCGCCCGCCAAAACGCCAUCUCAAGAAGCAGUUCGAGAGGACAUACAACGCGCUCGACGCCGACCUUAGACAAGCCGAGCUCAAUAACGCCCUCAACCUUUACAACGUACAAUACGGCUCCACCAACAACUCGCAUAAUGAGUACGCGCAGCGGACCGAAAAACAAAAAGUACGCCCAUCGGGCCCGCCCCGCCAAUUUGUUCCAUACAACCGAGCCUCGACCACAGUUGACACGGUCGCGCUCACAAUCCUCGCUCUGCUCGCGGCGGCAUAGACACAUACAGAAUUAAAUAGCAUAGGUAGUGAUGAAAUCAUGGCUGUUGAAUUUUGUAAGUACGUAUAUUGCGGUUGUUAAGUACCUAAGCUCUGUUGACGUUGGGCAGAUUAUUUAUAGCCUUAUAAUGACAAUAAAGAUCAAAAUUGAUAAUAAUAAGAAUUUGAAUUCCUGAAUCAUGUUAGAUUUAUUAAUUGGUAAUAUCAACAAUGUCAUAUCAAUGGCCGUUUAAGAUUUUUCGCAAAAAAUAUUCGAAUACGCAAUCGUUUUAUCAACUCGUCUGAUUUUUUGACAUAAUACAAUAAGUUGUUUAGAUUAUGUAAUAACUUUUGAUAUAAUUUAGAAAUGUAAAAAUAUAUUGAUAUUUAUAUUAUUAGUACUAUGUAAGUAAAUAUUAGUAUUAAUAUCUGUAUGACAAUACGAUUGUAAAGACAAUAGCCGUAGAGUUAAGAUUCUAGACCAAAAUAUAUUUAUCAUUAGUUCUGCUAUGCGUUUUGCAUGUAUGUAUUUAUAUAAUAGAGGCGUUUAUAUAUUUUCGUUGGAAAGAAAAUAAUGAAUACCGAGACCAUUUUGAGAAAAACUCGAGACAACGAAUACCUUGGUACUAAUGACCUUAUUCAUUAGUAAAUAAAUUAAAUAGAGUCUUGUCAUUUUGUAUUCCUGCAUUUUAAGUUAAAUAAGAGACUCCCCUAUUCGUAUUUUAUAAAGUAACAAAAAUUUAUAGUGUUCUAAUACCACUAACGUCUCAAUUUUUGACAUUGUAUUGUAACUAAUGUUAAUUUAAGAACAAUUAAUAAGAGACGGUGUUCGGUUUAUUACACACUUUACUGUCUCUCUGUGAAAUCAAAGGGUCUCAUAAAUGUAUACUUCUUCUAUAAAAUAUCUAAUCUUCCAUAACAAUCAAAAUACUUCCUAAUUUCUUUGUGUACUGAAAAAAUAUGCUAGAUUGUAAAUUUUAAUACUUGUAAUAAAUAAAUUUGUCUUCCGAAUAGUAUAUUAAAAUAAUGUAUUCGGCUCAUUCAAGUUUGUACUUACCUAUGAGUUAAAAUGUGUAGCCCAUGGAGUUCCUAUUGAACUUCAUGUAAAUUGUAGUGUAUGUAAGUAAAAGAAUGAAUUUAUAGUAGACAUAGAACUAUAAAAGUAAAAAUGAAUUUUGAUAAGAAUUGAUUCUGUAAAAAUAAUCUAUAUUUAUGUAUUUUACCGUAUCGUAUCUUCUAACGGUGGUAAAUCUUAUGCAAUCUGUAUUACUUUAAUUGCAGCUGUUGUGCAUUUGUUAUUUUUAUUAAUAGUAGGUAAUAACAGCGUCGUCUUUCAAAAUUUUUUGAAAUACUAUUUUAUAUUAUUAAAAACUUUCGUUUCGUAAGAUUAAAUAAAUAAUGCAUAAUGUAUUAAUGUAAGAUGUUAAUGUUUGUGACAAUAAAAUAUUGUGUUGUAUAUUUUGAAUUGUUUUACAUUGCGUAAAAGACAAUAAAAUGUAACAACUGUAUUUGUAAAUAAUUCGAUGAAAUUAAACUCAUGUAAUAAUGCAUGAA